ACUCACACUCACAAGAAGCCCAUAAAGCAAAAAACCAUCCAUAAAAGUACAUCUCACGGCCUCUCUUUCUUCAGCCAUUUUCUUCCCACUCUCUUCCUCUCUCUCUCUUUCAUUUAGAUGGCUGAAAAACCAUCUCUGGGCCUCUCUAUCUCUCUUGAGUUAGAAUGAAUGCGAGCCCUGUAACUCUUCUUCUCAGAAGAAGAUGGCUUCGAACCCUAAUCUUCCAUUCUUGUUAGAUGCUUUGUUUUGCGAGGAAGAGCAGUGGGACGACGGAGAUAUCACUGAAACCACUGAAAACUGUUUGAUAGGAGUUGAAGGAGAAGGGGAUAACAGCUUUUUACACCAUAGCUUAAGCCCUGAACCUUUCCUGGAGUUGCUGGGGCAGGAGGAGUUUUGGGGUGAUGAAGAGUUGAGUUCUUUGUUGAGUAAAGAGCAGGAAAAUGAACUGUACGGUGGGCUUGAGGAGACCCCAUCUUUGGCUAUGGCCAGGGGUGAGGCUGUUGAAUGGAUGCUUAAGGUCAUUGGGUACUAUUCUUUUUCUGCUCUCACUGCGGUUCUUGCAGUUAACUAUUUGGAUAGGUUCCUCUACAGCUUUCAGUCUCACAGAGAGAAGCCAUGGAUGAUUCAGCUAGCUGCUGUGGCUUGUCUUUCUUUGGCUGCAAAAGUUGAGGAAACUGAAGUCCCUCUUCUCUUAGACCUCCAAGUGGAGGAGUCAAAGUAUGUUUUUGAGCCCAAAACCAUUCAAAGAAUGGAAAUUUUGGUUCUAUCCACACUUGAAUGGAAGAUGAACCCUGUCACCCCACUUUCAUUUCUUGAUUACAUUGCAAGAAGGGUAGAGUUGCAGAGCCAUCUCUGCCGGGAAUUUCUCAGGAAAUGCGAGUGUCUGAUUCUGUCCCUUAUCUCUGAUUGUAGAUUCACAGGCUUUCAGCCUUCUGCACUGGCCACAGCCACAAUGCUGUAUGUGAUAAGCAGUUUAGAGCCCUGCACUGGGUUGGAUCAUCAAGACCAACUAGUAGCCAUUCUUGGAACCGACAAGGACAAAGUGUUGGAUUGCUGUAUGCUAAUACAAGAAGUGGCCACAACUGUUGAUUUCCACUCCAGCAACAAAAGAAAGUUUGGAUCUUUUCUGGCUGCCGGCAGCAGCCCAAAAGGGGUGGUGGAUGUUUCAUUCAGCUCUGAUAGCUCCAAUGAUUCAUGGGCAGUGACCUCAGUUGCUUCAGUUUCCUCCUCCCCCUCCAAGAAAACCAAGUCUCAGAGUCCAAACCAUGAAGUUUCCUGAGUUCUUAUUAAAACCCCUCAUCUCCAUUUUUAGUUUAUCCUCGGACUAGACAUCAACAACAUAUAUAUAUAUAUAUAUAUAUGUUCAAAUAAUAUUGUAUUAAUUAAUCUACCUGUAAAUGCCUACCAUCUCUGCAUACAAUCCAAACCCCCCUUCAUAGGAAGAGGACUACAACAAGAAGCAGAGAUGGUUGGCAUUUUUAUCCGGAUGACGCCCAAGAUUCAAGAACUUGAACAUAGAAAUCUUGCAGAGUAAUUUUUAAUAAUUUGAUUAAAAAUCUUUUGUGAAUAUUGUCAGAGUUUAUUUAUGUACGUUUAUGAAAUGAGAAAAUUGCCAUUUUGGUACUAUAA